AUGAAAGUCACCGUGUGCUUCGGCCGGACGCGGGUGGUGGUGCCCUGCGGGGCCGGGGACAUGAAAGUGGCCAGCCUGGUGGAGCAAGCGGCGACCAGGUACCGCAAGGCCAUCGCCAAGGACCCAAGCUACUGGAUUCAGGUGCAUCGUCUGGAACAUGGUGAUGGGGGAAUCCUUGACCGUGAUGAUAUUCUCUGUGACGUAGCUGAUGAUAAAGACAGACUCGUAGCUGUCUUCGAUGAGCAAGACCCGCACCAUGGAGGAGAUGGUACCAGCGCCAGCUCCACUGGCACCCAGAGCCCUGAGAUCUUUGGCAGCGAGCUGGGCACCGCUGCGGGGUCAGCCUUCCAGCCUUACCAAGCGACGAGUGAAAUUGAGGUCACACCUUCAGUCCUACGCACAAAUAUGCCUCUCCAUGUCCGGCGCAGCAGCGACCCAGCGUUAGUUGGUCUCUCGACAUCCGUCAGCGAGAACAAUUUUGUUUCAGAAGAGCCUUCGCGGAAAAACCCCACAAGAUGGUCCACGACAGCAGGUUUCCUCAAGCAGAAUGCUCCUGGGGGCCCCAGAAGUCAUGAAAGAAAGAAAGAUGAAAAUUACAGAAGCCUCCCCCGGGACACGAGUAGCUGGUCGUCUAACCAGUUUCAGAGGGACAACGCUCGCUCAUCACUAAGUGCCACACAUCCCAUGGUAGACAAAUGGCUGGAAAGGCAAGAACAGGAAGAAGAUGGGACAGAAGAGGAAAGCAGCAGAGUUGAACCAGUAGGACAUGCCGAUACAGGCUUGGAGACCAGUAUCAACUAUUCUUUAGAUGAUAUGGUAAAGCUCGUUGAAGUCUCCAAUGACGGUGGGCCUUUGGGAAUCCAUGUAGUGCCUUUCAGUGCCCGAGGCGGAAGAACGUUGGGACUGUUAGUAAAGCGAUUAGAGAAAGGUGGAAAAGCAGAGCAGGAAAACCUCUUUCAUGAAAACGACUGUAUUGUCAGAAUUAAUGAUGGAGACCUCCGCAAUAGAAGAUUUGAGCAAGCACAGCAUAUGUUCCGUCAAGCCAUGCGUACACCCAUUAUUUGGUUCCAUGUCGUUCCGGCAGCGAAGAAAGAACAGUAUGAACAGUUAUCUCAAAGCGAGAAGAACACGUACUACUCCAGUCGGUUUAGCCCAGAUUCCCAGUAUAUUGACAAUAAGAGUAUUAACCACUCUGGACAUCACACAUUGCAAAGAAUACCCCGAAUGAGCAAUCAAGCCGAUCAGACGGACUCUUACUCACAACUACCUCAUAGUGUGAAUUCAUCAGGAAAACCACCCUUGGGCCUGUCUCCUUCACCGCAAAAAGUUCUCACGUCCACUUCAAACAGUGGCUACAACACUAAAAGGAUAGGGAAGAGGCUUAAUAUACAGUUGCGAAAAGGCACAGAAGGCCUAGGAUUUAGCAUCACUUCCAGAGAUGUUCCUAUUGGCGGCUCUGCACCGAUUUACGUGAAAAACAUCCUUCCAAGAGGUGCAGCUAUUCAAGAUGGGAGAUUAAAGGCUGGCGACCGGCUCACUGAGGUAAACGGAGUGGAUUUAACAGGAAAAACCCAAGAGGAAGUUGUCUCCCUGCUGAGAAGUACCAAGAUGGGAGGGACAGUAAGCCUUCUCAUUUUCCGCCAAGAAGAAGCAUUCCAUCCGAGGGAAUUGAAUACAGAACAAAGCCAGUCACAGAUGCCCAAGGAAACGAAAGCAGAAGAAGAAGAUCUCGUCCUUACCCCUGAUGGCACCAGGGAAUUCCUCACCUUUGAAGUCCCGCUUAACGAUUCUGGGUCAGCUGGGCUUGGUGUCAGUGUCAAAGGAAACCGGUCAAAAGAAAACCAUGCAGACUUGGGCAUCUUCGUUAAGUCCAUUAUUAAUGGAGGUGCUGCUUCCAAGGAUGGAAGACUCCGAGUGAAUGACCAACUAAUAGCAGUAAAUGGAGAGUCUUUAUUGGGCAAAACUAACCAAGAUGCCAUGGAAACCCUGCGUCGGUCUAUGUCCACUGAAGGAAACAAGCGUGGAAUGAUUCAGCUCAUUGUGGCCAGGCGAAUAAGCAAAUGCAAUGAGCUGGAAUCACCUGGGAGUCCCCUGGGGCCAGAGCUGCCUAUCGAGACAAUGCUGGACGACAGGGAGCGUAGGAUUUCCCACUCGCUGUACAGCGGGAUCGAGGGGCUCAACGAAUCGCCCACCAGGAGCGCCGCCCUGAAUCGGAUGAUGGGCAAAUACCCCCUUUCUCCAACUGUCAACAUGCCCCAGGAUGACAUGGUCAUUAUUGAGGAUGACAGACCGCCAUUGCUACCUCCACAUCUUUCAGACCAAUCCUCUUCCAGCUCUCAUGAUGAUGUGGGCUUUGGGACAGUGGACGCUGGAGCCUGGACUAAACCAACACUUAAUGAAUCUACAGAAUGCACUCUGAGUCCAGAUGCUGAUCCAGCGCUUGCCUUCCAGCGAGAGGGGUUUGGACGCCAGAGCAUGUCAGAGAAACGUACAAAGCAAUUUUCAGAUGCCAGCCAGUUGGAAUUUGUUAAGACACGAAAAUCCAAGAGUAUGGACUUAGUAGCUGACGAGACUAAGCUCAGUACAAUGGAUGACCAGAAAACAGGUUCCCCAACGAGAGAUGUAGGGCCUUCAUUGGGGCUGAAGAAAUCCAGCUCAUUAGAAAGCUUGCAGACAGCAGUGGCUGAGGUUACUUUGAACGGUGACAUCCCCUUCCAUCGGCCACGGCCACGAAUAAUCCGAGGGCGAGGCUGUAACGAGAGCUUCAGAGCUGCAAUAGACAAAUCAUAUGAUAAACCUGUUGCAGAUGAAGAUGAUGAAGGAAUGGAGACCUUGGAGGAAGACACUGAAGAAAGCUCGCGAUCUGGUAGAGAAUCUGUGUCCACAUCAAGCGACCAGCCCUCCCAUUCACUUGAGAGACAGAUGAAUGGCAAUCAAGAUAAAGGGGACCGGAAGAAAAUCGGGAAGGACAAGAAGAAAGAUCGAGAUAAAGAGAAGGAUAAAAUGAAAGCCAAGAAGGGAAUGCUCAAGGGCCUGGGAGACAUGUUCAGGUUUGGCAAACAUCGAAAAGAUGACAAGGUUGAGAAAAUAAAAGUGCAAGAAGCCGUUACUUCAGAGGAGGAGAGAAUACGAAUGAAGCAAGAGCAGGAGAGAAUUCAAGCCAAGACUCGAGAAUUUCGUGAGAGACAAGCUCGGGAACGAGAUUAUGCUGAGAUCCAAGAGUUAAACAGGACAUUUGGAUGCGAUAGUGACUCAAUGUACGCUGGAAUUGCUUCAUAUAAUUCGUCCACAAAUAGUGGUACAAUGAACAAUAGACCACAGAGCCCAAGGGAAGGACCGACAGUUGAAGCAUUAUAUGCCCAAGUAAAGAAAGCACGCAAUUCCAAGUCUUCACCUGCAGACAGCAACCGGUCAACUCCCAGCAAUCAUGACCGGAUACAGCGUCUAAGACAAGAAUUUCAACAGGCAAAGCAAGAUGAGGAUGUAGAAGAUCGGAGACGUACCUACAGUUUUGAACAGCCAUGGCCACAUUCGAAGACGUACUCUCAAAGUGGCAGGCAUUCUGUAUCGGUAGAAGUUCAGAUGCAGAAGCAGCGGCAAGAAGAAAGAGAGAAUUUCCAACAAGCUCAGCGGCAGUACAGUUCACUACCCAGACAAAGCCGAAAGAAUGCAAGCUCCAUCUCUCAAGAUUCUUGGGAGCGGGAGCAGAGCUAUUCUCCUGGAGAAGGUUUCCAGAGUGCAAAAGAAAACCCAAGGUAUUCCAGUUAUCAGGGCUCAAGAAACGGCUACAUGGGAGGCCAUGGAUUCAAUGCCCGGGUCAUGCUUGAAACCCAAGAGCUGUUGCGUCAAGAGCAGAGGCGGAAAGAGCAACAGAUGAAAAAAAAGACAUCUUCCGAAGGGUCCAGCAACUAUGACUCCUACAAGAAAGUGCAGGACCCAAAUUAUGCCCCUCCUAAAGGUCCUUUCAGGCAAGAUGUCCCACCUUCGCCAUCUCAGGUUGCCAGGCUAAACAGAUUACAAACGCCAGAAAAGGGAAGGCCGUUUUAUUCUUGAGUCCAAGAAACAGCCCGCCUCCCAUCGCAAUAAUCGUAUGAAGAGACUUGUUCUUGGAAGACUUUUUUUUUUGUUCCAAGUGGAGGUACUAAGGAAUUCUUGUCUGCUUCAGUGCCUUUAGCAAUAUCGGCAAAGAAUCGGAGGGCCUUAUGUCUUUGCCAUUGUGUCUCAAGUGUUACAUUUGUGGAAGGAGUUUCCAUCAUUUGACAAUCAUACUCUAGGCAAGUGAUGUGUCUUAGUGAUCAAGUGUCCUAGCCUCAGUCCUGUGCUCUCAGUGGCUGCUUGAACUGCAUUUUUUUUUGUUUGCUAAAUGAGGUGUUCAGCUCUGCAGUGAGUUAACGGUACCAACAUCUAGCAUUCAUUGGUUUCCGAUUAAAGAAUACAUAGGUGUA